UGUUUUUGUCUUCCCUUUAGUCAAGUAAAGAGGAUUCGGUCCCCACAGGUGCAGAGGAGCAUGUGGUGUGCGAAUCACCAGUAGAGGCUAUGAGGUCCGAGGAAGUGAACUCAGCCCUACAAACGGUGGAUCUCAGCGCAGAGGGGGAGGCCAGCCCUGAACCCACGGAAGGAAAACUCAGAAGAGAGGAACGCAGACCACCAAGGGCCUCCCUGAUGGCGUUCCUCAGACAGAUGUCAGUGAAAGGGGAUGGAGGGACCACCCACUCAGAAGAAAUAAAUGGGAAAGACUCCAGCUACCAAACCUCCGACUCCUCGGAGAGGGCCGUCGCGCCGGCGGAGCCCGAGCCGGCCGGAGCCAGCCAGAAGGGCAAAGAGGCCUCCUCCAAGGACAAGAAGACGCCGGCCGAGACCAACAAGCAGAGGAGCAACAAGCAGGAGGCCAAAGAGCCGGCCCCGUGCACAUGUGCGUGUGCGGAGGCUGCCGUGGCAGAGGCCAGUGCGCUGCAGAAUGGGGACAAGCCCCCAAAGAGACCCGAGAAGCGGCGGCAGUCCCUCGGGGGCUUCUUCAAGGGCCUGGGACCAAAGCGGAUGCUGGAUGCUCAAGUGCAAACAGACCCCGUAUCCAUUGGACCCGCUGGCAAAUCCAAGUGCACACGGAAGUGUGUCUUCUCCAAAGUCCAGAAGAAGUGGCCUUUCCCGAGAAUUGAGCUCUUGAGCUGACAUGGCUGCCAUGGGGAACACAAAAAACAAACAAACAAACAAACGAAAAAAAAAAAAAACGCCGCUUUCCAGUUCCAGCUGAUGAUGACUUUUUGACUGAUACGCGUAGAAGAAUUCAUUCAACACCACGGUGGUCCUCAAGAGCCCUUAGGUCCCUCAUGAAGUCAUCCUUUUGGGGAAGGGGACGCAUCCCCUCAAAAUGCCCCAAAGGGAGGGAAAAAGAGAAAGAAAGUGAAGUUCUCAAGUUUUUGUUGCAAACCCCACCCUCUGCUCUUUAAACAAAUUAUCGGGGAUUGGAGCACGCACUCACACACACGGUGGCUGGCUGGUCCUGGGUUGUUUGCAAACAGCCCAGAUGUAAAUGAGAUUCCGAGAGGCUAGAAUCCCCCCAGCCCUUGAAACAAGCCCCGCUGGCUGGCUCCUUCUCAAAGAGCCUGGGAGGGAGCCGAGUCCCCAACUCGCUGAACCUGACAAAUGUCGUGUCUCGUGUCAAAUAGCCCCAAAUGGAUCUUCAGCUUUAAAAAAAAAAUGCAAUCAGCCAGCCUACCUUCCUCCCAGAGCAGGAAGGCGAUUUCAAUGAUUAACUCGCCCAAGGAGCCCAGGCAGAGGGUGCGCUCUGCAGGCUCAUUGGAGGGGGAAAGGCUCAGUGGUGCCCACCCCCCCAGGUCCCCCACUAAGCCUUUUGAACAGGCAGUUCCCAUGGUGAGUGGAAUGAGGCUCUGCUGGGGCCUGGAUCUCGUCCACUCUCGCUCUCGCAGUGAGAGUAAAGUGGCCAGGCCCGCAGAGAGGCCGAGCUCCGUUAGGGAGAAAAGGAAUCCCUUAGUGAGCAACAACUUCGGGACAUUUGUAAUUCAGAUCUUUAGCUCGGGGGCCUGAAUGCCAGUCAGGAUCCAGCCCUUUGCAUAAAUCGGUUUUCUGGGGAGUUUAACCCUUUUGCCUUCCCCAGAAAGCUACUCAUUGCAGCCUCUCCAUCCCCGGGCCCUUUAAUGAGCCAUCGCAGACAGGGCCGCCCAUGCAAUUUCACCGAAAUAAGGGUAAUAAUAAUAAUAAUAAUAAUAAUAACUUAGGUUAUCACACUUCACAGCUUAUAGAAUGUUUUUUGAAUGCGUCAUCUAAUUUAAAGCUGUAGGCCCCCUAACUGAAUUUAAUUGCUUCCUUUGUUGCAUUUCAUUAGCAGGGGCCUGGCUUGCACCUGUAUAGCUUCCCCACCCCUCCCCCAAGGAUCACCUCUUGACAAAAUGGCCCCCAGCUGCCUUCCUGAUAAUGCCGGCCAUUGAAAGAGCACAUUACUUAAUUUAAUCUCGAGAAGGACGUUUGUGUUUCAAUCUGGCCACAUGGGGGAGUUCCAGGACAGGGGUCCUAUCUAUAAUCUCUAGCCAGGCCCUUUUCCCUGACUGCCAAAAUGGGAGGUUGGGCCGAAGCAACUGUUAAAGAAUGUGUUUGUUGAUUGACUUUUAGAAAGCAUUCCGUUUCAUGAAGAAAACUGAGACAAAGGGGCCAAACUGGGCAUGCUCCAUCUCCCUCCGUGCUCACGGCAACUCCACCAAGGAGGACUAUUGUCGUCCCGUUGCCCAGGAAGGGAACUGAGAGGUCAAGCUGCUUGCCCUCUAGUUGGCAGAGCAUGGAGAGGUGGGAGGGGAGGCUGCUGAGGGUACCAUGAAUGCUUUGCAACAACAUCAACUUAAGUUCUUCCAAUCACAUUAUCCUUCCUUAAGCUUCUUCCAAGACUGGGCUGAUCGGCAUGG